AUGCCAUCCUCUCUACAGACCCCUCUAUUAGCCGAUUCAGAUCAUGAUGCUGCCUUGGGCGGUCCUCCUCAAGUGGAAGAAGAAUCGGCUCUGUCCCGACUGAUUGCCGAAUCAACGCCCCCGUCCGCCCUGUUACCCGUAGACGAAUCAGAACAAUCCGAAAUAGCGACACCCUAUCGACGAGCCUCGGGGACCACCAUACUGGCGGGCACGUUGGUCUGUCUAAUGUGGGGAUUCAUCUGGGGCGCCUUUUUCUCGGCCAAAGACGGUUGGCUGAACACGCAUCUUCAAAUCAAUAUUGGCUGGAUUUCCAAAUACCUGCCCGUGGUCACCAAACACACGGAUGUGGUCAUUGUCAAGACGACCGUCUUUAGCAUGGCAUCCAAUUUAGGAGAUGACAAGAGUUAUGCCAGUGAAGCGGCGCUAUGGUUCUGCAGUGUCGUGCUUCCCUGUGUCUUUAUGAUUGUCUGUCCCAUUUGGAUCCUCUCGGAUUUUUCGGAACCCCCGCGACGCUAUGGCGCCAAUGGCUUUGUACGACCGAAUCGAUUGUGGCUCGAAUUGUCCAUUCGACUCAGUUGGCUCGUCAUGUUCAUUCUCUUGGCACUGGAUGUGGCCAUUGGAGGACUGGAAUUGACAUGGGAUGAAACCGAUAUACAGGUACACAACGAACUAAAAGGGGGAUACCUCUCCUAUCUACUGGGCUGCACGUGUGCCACACUGGCGGUGGUCGUCCUACGAUUGCCCUAUCUCGAACAUUUACAAAUUUGGGGUUGUGCCGACAACCACCAUCACAACAACAACAAGCCACAACAAGAACCACCACAAUUGGUAGCACCCGAGUUGGAACCUCCUCCGCCACAAGCCCUGCGAGCGCCACCCCUCCAUGCCUUUCGCAUGGGAUUUUUGUCGUCCAAUGAUUUGAGUGACACGGAACGUGCAGAUAACACGACUACUGCUACCGAUUUAUUUCAACAAACACCAUUUACUACUCGCGUCCAACCCUGGAAGAGUUUGGUGGCCUUUCAAUUGGGCAUUUUGGCACUCCUCUUGUGGAUUCCUGCCAUGGCAUUGCCCACCUUUCGAGUUCUCUACGAUGGCAUGGUGGUACAACUCGUCAAAACCAAAGCCUUCAAUACGUACAUUUGGCAGCUACCACUCGUGGUAUGGCGCACCGGAGUUAAGGCUGGUACUGAUAUGUGGAUGCUCGUCUUGACGUUUGGGAUUUUAUUGACAGUUGCCUUUGUGAUACCCGUGAUGGCCCAUGCGGUGGCGUCCAUGAUUUGGUGGCAAACACAUGGACAACAAGCGACAACUACCCGCGCCAACAAACUACGAGAUAUUCUCAAGUUGCUGCAUCCCGCAAUGUGCCAGUUCCCAUGCGCAUUGGCCAUGUUGGUCACGGUGGGGAGCUUUGAUGAUGUGGGGGAAAAUAUUGAUGGAUUCAUCUGCGUGCAGAUUGAGAACGUUGUGGAAAAUCAAUGUCUGGUGUCCGGAGGCGUCAUUCUGUCGGGAUGCUGGUUUCUGGUGGCACAGGCGGUGGCACUGGAGGCAUUUGUGUAUCUGACACUGCUAUGGACGGCACCCAAACGACAGAACAUUACGGUGUGAGAAGUUGAGUGGAGAAAAGGAAAACUAUAGUCUCAAGGGAAGGAAGAACGAGGCUGACUUGAUGAAUCUUCUCUGAAUGAUUUCACGAACAACUAUAUUCUCAACGAAGGGAGAACGAGGCAGACUUUAUUCUUCUCCGUAUGAUUUCAUGAAAGAACGCAUGAUUGAUUGAAUGAUUCUAUUCAAUCUGUUUCGGCGCUGAAAGGCCGCAUGGCGUGGCUGGAGCACACGAAUUUCAUACUGUGCUUCCUGUUCAUCUCAAAUAUAGAGGUGUGCACCACAAUGGCAACGUCGCAUAAAAUAUUUACUAUAAUUCUCGACAAUUAACUGAACAUGGAUCCAAGAAAGAGGCCUGUGAGAAAUGUGACAAACCCAACUACUGUUUGUCUCUUCAGCUGCAGGGCACCGCUUGAUUGUAUAGGUUGGUAGCCAUUGCCAUUGCUCGACGAACCUCCCCCGUUGCUGCUUUGGCUGGUCUCUGUUGCAAUAUCAGCAGCCAAGCUAGUCCCAGGUUCAAAACCCUUGGGGCAUGUCAUCAGCUCGCUAUUGUAGCAUGCGUACUGACCUGCGGAGAGACCGCCAGAAGCCAAGCUAGUAUAUUCUCUGGACGAGACGUCCACUGUGGCGCAAGGGGUUUGGGAGUAUAGGGGCUGGACGUCCUUGAGGUCUUCAUUGAUUUGAUUCAACACGGCCGCCGCUCUUCUGUAGGAGAAACCUCCCUCAUUGAAGUGAAAGUACGAGUACUGGUCCUGCUCGAUGGUCUUUUCUGGCAGAAAGCCAAGGACUUGUUCCUUGCUGUCUUCAAUGUAGGCGAACGUGCGAGUGUCAAAGAGGAAACAAUCCGUUGGUAGCGCUGGGGUCAAGGUUUCGCAUCCACUGGGUUGGCCUCCGCAUUCUGGGUACCAAUC